UAGUCUCUCUCUCCUCCUCCUGUCUUCCAGUUCAUUCAGCAUCUGUAACUUCUCUUGGGAUCUUUGCUUUCUUUUCUCUUCACUCACCUCUUUCGUUCCUCUCAACCAUAAUAUUCGUAAGGCUAGUCCUGAUCAGCGCGAGUCGCUCUGUAAUCGCAUCAUACGCUCACUCACCUUUUAAACCACCGCGUUUUUUUCUAUUAUUUUUAAAGUCAUCAGUCGCUUUUUACACACAGCCAAAAUGCAGUUCACCACGGCUACUCUCCUUGCCCUCCUGGGCGUCGUUUCCGCCCAGAAGGUUCACGUUGUGUCGGUCGGUAGCACGAACGGCAGCUUAAUCUUCAGCCCCGAAAACAUCAAGGCCGACGUUGGCGACCUGCUCCAGUUCCAGUUCCGUGCCGGCAACCACAGCGUCGUCCAGUCUAACUUCGACAACCCGUGUUCCCCCAUCUCCGAGCACACCAACCAGACCGGCAUCUUCUCCGGCUACCAACCCGUAGCGGCCAGCCAGGCUGCUGGCACCAUCCCCACCUAUACCGUCAGGGUCACCGCUGCGAACCCCUUGUGGUUCUACUGCUCCCAGGGCAGACACUGCCAAAACGGAAUGGUCUUGGUGGUUAACGAGAAUACUGCUGCCAACGCGACGCGAAGCCUCGCUAAUUUCAAGCAAAUCGCGUCUCAGCAGACCGCCAACACCGCGCCUCUGUCGCCUAUUGGUGGCAGCGCCGGCAAUGGCACCGUCGACAACGGUUCCGGAAGUGGUUCCGGUAGCGGCUCUGGAUCGGGCUCGCCCACCAGCAGUGCUCCCGCAGAUUCCACCAGCACUGGAAGCCCGGCGACCUCCACUUCGGCGAUCCCCGUCGCCGGUGCCAGCCUCGUCAGCUUCUCCAGCUCCGCUGGCCUCGUCGGUCUCGUCGCCGCUCUCUUCAUGCUAUGAUCGGCCUUGCCGAUGCUGGAGUGAGCAGAUAGACCACCACAUCCGCGGCUUUAUAGAGCCGCGGCCUAAUGAUAAAAGGCGGCGGCGUCGGUUUCGGAUCAGUGGGAAUUGUAAUAGCCUGUCUCUAUCGAUAGUAGUAGACGGGUGGUUCAUGACGAACACUCCCCCUUGCUCGGGCACGCCGCGCGCGUGCGCCGCGGCGGGCGGGUUGGUUGAUACGAACCGGCGCGGAUUCGUGUUAGAACAGAGAGGGCGGACGGAAAUUAUGCUUGGAUUCUUCUACACGCCCCAGGGGGCCCCCUAGCCAGGUUUUGGCUCUUUUUGGCAUUGCUGUACGCUUAGACGAAGUGGCCUGACUUUUUGAAUAAUAUAUACCCAUUGAUCCCUUGAGAA